AUGUGGCGGGUCGUGUCGGGGGGGCGCCGGCUGCUGCGGCCUCUCUCCGCCGCGGCGGGGGGUGCCCUCCGGCCGGAGCCGUCCUCCCGGGUGGCCGGGGCUCCCCGCGGGGGCUGCGCGGUGGCGGGGGGCGCGGGAGGCGGCGGCGGAGCCGGGGUGCUGGGGGCGGCGGAGCAGCGCCAGGCGGCAGAUGCUGUUCUUCCAAAGUUCAACAUUGACUUUGUUGUAGCUCUGCUGAGGCAGGAAAAUGCUAAAGACAUCUGUGUCAUCCAGCUACCUUCGGAAAUAAAAUACUGUAAUUAUUUUAUAAUCGUGAGCGGAUCUUCAACACGACAUCUCCAUGCAAUGGCACAUUACAUGCUGAAAAUGUACAAGCAUCACAAAGAAGAAAGUGAUCCUCAUACUCGGAUUGAAGGGAGAGAGACAGAUGACUGGCUGUGCAUUGAUUUUGGUAGCAUAGUGAUGCAUUUCAUGCUGCCAGAGACACGAGAGGCUUAUGAAUUGGAGAAACUAUGGACUCUUGGUUCCUACGAUGACCAGUUAGCACAGAUGACUCCACAGUCACUGCCAGAAGACUUUAUAUUUGGACUGACUCCUAACAGCAGUGAUCAUCUUGAGACAAGAACUUAAUGCAGCUGCUGAGUGGAAAGAGAAAUGAGUGUGCCUUCACAAGAUGAGAGACAUACAGUCUUGAUUACUGACUUAACAGUCGUUACAGUUGAUCAGUACAAAACUGUAUUUAUUGGAUGUGCCUAGGUAAAGUUCUGAACAAGCUACAAAAAUGAUCAGAAUCAUAGAAUCAUCAAGGUUGGAAAAGACCCUUAAGAUCAAGUCCAACCAUAAAAUGUCAAAGAAGGAAUCCUGUCGUAAGGGAGCUUCCUGGGGGAGUCACUGUCUCAAUGGAGUUUGCAGUGAGAAGAGUGGUGCAAAGACAGCUGCUUAAGCUGCUUACCCUGAAACUCAUGCUCAGCCUCUACAGCAAUUGUUUUUCUAGUAUCUCUGAAAGAUCUGCCUGUGGUGGGAGUGCAAAAAAGACUUGAGUGCUGCAAGGAAAACUACGUGAAAUAGUACAGUUUAGAUGCGGCUUCUUGUGUUAGGCCAUUUGCUUCUGGUCACAAUGAAGCAAGUCAUGCUCUGAGUUGAAGGAGGAGAGAAAACACACUGGUGUUACUGAGCACAUAAAAGCCAAGAGCAGCAGUGACAAAUAAAUGUGUCUUGAGUUAACAAGUCAGUUAAGUCAGUUUUUCAGCCAAGGCCAAUCUGGUUGUAAUAAUUUAAAAAAAAAAAACAAACCAAACCUGAAGAGUUUCAAUUCCUUGUCUUCAUGUUAAAACAUUCAGCUCAUUCUAAAUGUGCAGUUGGCUCCUCUUCGAGUUUUCCUCUCACCUAGUUUCUGGAAAAGGACACUGAGGCAACAUGCUGUGGCAGUGUAAACCUUCAGCUCCUUUGAAGUGGGCGAAAGUAGUUCUAAAGGAAGCCCUCAGUCACUGAGCGUUACUUGCUGCUAACGGACUGUCAGCACUUUCAGAAGUCACUGCACAGUGUGUUCUUAGUCUGACUGCUGCAUGGUCUAAUAACCAGUUAGAAGAGCUUCAAGAUGGUAACAAAAGUUGUCCAUGUAAAACAAGUUUCUUUUCUCCACUACAGGACAGGGCUUUCAUCACUAGAUUAGGAUCUCUUCCUUCUGGAGAAGCUUGCUCUGCCAUGCAUCAGGAAGCAGGAACAGUAGAUCCUGAGGGGAAUCACCUUUUUCCCCCCAGCCCCACGACCUAUUUCAAGUCCUGUCUGCAUCUCUUCCCUGCACAGCAGCUGCUGUUUGUAAUGUUCAAAGAAAGUGACCUCAGUUUUUGUGCCUGUGGUUGUGGUGUUUAGGGGGAAGAUAUUUGGUUGGUUUUUCUUUAAAAAAAAAAAAAGCAACCAAGAAAUAAACAAAAAACCUUCUCCCUCAUUUCAGACCUGUCAUGUUUUCUUGCUGUGUCUAGCCUCUGUUCUUUCAGGAAUAACUGGCCCUGAGUUCACCUGCUCUUUGAUACGAGGCAGCAGAUAGUUCUGCAAAUUAACCAAGGAGCAUUUAUUAAAUGUAGUUAAACUCUGCCGAUAAAAUAUCUUUGCCCAUGAAAUAAAGGUAUUGGUGGUAAGUCUGA